AUGGCUGAACUAAAACGAGCAAUAAUUGAAGGCAUUACAUUAGCUUCUAUGGAUCCAGAUAGAGUAUAUUUUGGACUUGGACUGAAUGGUCUUAUGAAAUGUCUGGCUAAAUUGGCAGAAGGAGAAGAUGAAUUUCAAGACAUACUUCCAUUGCUUCCAAGAUUUAAAGAAAUUCUCGUUAAUCAAAAUGAUUCGGAACACAGAAAUUUGACGGCGUGUUUAAAGGAGUUAUGUAGGAGCAUGCAGGCCAGCCAAAGAAUUUUAUUUGACGACACAUUCAAUGACAUGUUAGGGCAGCUAACCACCAGUGAAGACGAAAUUAUUUCAGCAAAUGCUAACUCAAUAUUUUGGAGAUCAGGACAAAGUACUGGAAAUUUGCCUACUAAAAGAGAUGUUGUCCUAUCUGAAGAAUUCCCGAAAAACUUCACAAUUAAUGUAUCAGCAAUAGGUGCAGGUUCGUUUGGUAGCGUCCAUCUUGUAACAGAUGAAGCUAGACCAGAUGAGCAAAAAUUCGUUGCUAAGAAAUCGUGUCUAACGUCACUUGAAAAAAGGGAUAGUUUCAUAGAUAUGUGUCAAAAAGAGGCAACGAUUUUACUUAAAGUAAAGCACAGACGAAUUGUUCAAUUUCACGGAUUUAAGAAAACAGAGAAUGAGUUUUUUAUAUUUUUGGAAUAUCUGAAAAAUGUAAGCAAAACUACAUGA